CAACGCUUAACAUAAACAAAAAGCAAACACACACGCAUCUAUGUUUUCUUUUUAUCGUUAACUUUAAGAGCUGCUCUUCGAAAGCGUCGUGAAAUGGAUCUUCGCAUCCGACAGUAUUUAUCAAAAGCUCAGGAGAAAAGAGAUGCUGUGUACCUGAGGAAAGCGUUCGAGCUGAUGCGAGCUUCAUCUCCGUCUGAGCUCCUCGUGCUGUGUGCAGAACAGUCUCUACAGCUGGGCUGCUGGGAAGUCGCCGAGGACUGUAUAAUGAUGUACUUGGAAGGGAAACCUCCAGCCAAUCAGUUCCUGUGUCGAGCGUAUCUGUGCCGGGCUCAGCUCAUUAACACAGCGGAGGACUUGGAUAAGGCCGUGAUGUACUAUCUGAAGGCGAUUGAGAUUGCCAGAGACAAGUCAGAUAUCAUUUCGUGGUGUUCAACGCCUCGCUGCUGUAUCUCCGGUCCGUCCGGCGGCUCCUGAGGCCCGGGAAGAGACGGCUCCUGGUUUCUUCUCUCACGCAGGUGCUCAAGGCUCUGGAGGAGGUUCAGGAUCCCGAUCUCGCGUGGAGGGCUGAGCUGAUGCUACACCUUGUUGAAUGUCUGCUCGAUGCUGAAAAGAGGAAAGAAGCAGCUGUCAUGGUCAAGGUCACCUCUGAUUUUAUUCAAUCACAUAAACCAGAGCUUUAUCCCCGGCUUUUCUCCAUACAGGUUCGUCAUAACCUCAUGGAUGUGUCUGAAAUGCUGCAUGAUGGGAACCCUAAGUUGCUUGUGAUGUACAAGAUCCAAAAGCUUAAACAAACGGUUGAUGUGAGUGAAGUCCAGAGAGACGAUGCAGCGGCUCUGAAGGAGAUCUUCCUGCUUCUGACUCCAACAUCAGACCUCCAGACCUCCAGACCUCCACCGGACAUCCACAGAUCCAGUGCUCCACCCAGCAUCAGCUCUGAACCCAGCUCCAGUCCUCCACCCUUCACCCACAGCAUCAGCGCUCCUCCCAGCAUCCUCCGCUCCAGCCCAUCCUCCUCCUGCAGGUCCAGUGUUAGUCUGGAUCAGAGC